AUGUCCCUGCGCUGUGCCAGAGACGCCGCCAGACGGUUCGCCGUCCCUCGCACCUACAUCAGACCUGCACAGCUCGUCAGAUGGCAGAGCUCCGCUGCCUCCAACGGCCACCACAAUGAGCUCUCAAAACACCUGCAGUCCACAGACCCCGAGAUCUACAAGAUAAUACAGAAUGAGAAACGCCGCCAGAAGCACUUUAUCAACCUCAUUCCGUCAGAGAACUUUACCAGCCAGGCUGUCCUCGAUGCCCUAGGCAGUGUUAUGCAGAAUAAAUACUCGGAGGGAUACCCCGGAGCAAGAUACUAUGGUGGAAACGAGUUCAUCGACCAGGCAGAACGCCUCUGCCAGGAACGAGCCCUUCAGACCUUCUCCCUGAACCCAGAGGAAUGGGGUGUCAACGUCCAGGCCCUCUCUGGCUCUCCCGCCAACCUCUGUGCGUACUCCGCCGUCCUCAACGUCCACGACCGUCUCAUGGGCCUUGACCUCCCCCACGGCGGUCAUCUCUCCCACGGCUACCAGACCCCCACUAAGAAGAUCUCCGCCAUCUCCAAAUACUUCGAGACGGUGCCUUACCGCCUCGAUGAAUCCACCGGCCUCAUCGACUACGACAAGCUUGCCGAGCUCGCAUUGGUCUACCGCCCUAAGCUCAUCAUCGCAGGAACAUCCGCCUACAGUCGACUGAUCGACUACCCACGCAUGCGCCAGAUCGCAGACAGCGUCAAUGCCUACCUCCUCGCUGAUAUGGCCCACAUCUCCGGCCUGGUAGCUGCAUCCGUCUUGCCUACUCCCUUCGCUCACGCCGACAUCGUCACCACAACCACCCACAAAUCACUCCGUGGACCCCGUGGCGCCAUGAUCUUCUACCGCAAGGGUCUCCGCCGUACCGACGCAAAGGGCAACAAGGAGUUCUACGAUCUCGAGAACCCCAUCAAUGCCUCCGUCUUCCCCGGCCACCAGGGCGGUCCACACAACCACACCAUCACCGCCCUCGCCGUAGCCCUCAAGCAAGCCCAAUCUCCUUCCUUCAAACAAUACCAGACCAACGUCCUCAAGAACGCUCAAGCUCUCGCUGCCCGUCUCGGAAACCCCACCUCCGCCGGCGGUCUAGGCUACAACAUCGUCUCCGGCGGCACAGACAACCACCUUGUCCUCGUCGACCUUAAGAACCGUGGUGUCGACGGUGCUCGCGUCGAACGAGUCCUCGAACUCUGCGGCGUGGCAAGUAACAAGAACACCGUGCCAGGAGACAAAUCGGCCCUUAAGCCAGGUGGUCUCCGCAUCGGUACCCCAGCCAUGACCUCUCGCGGAUUCGCAGAGGAAGACUUUGCCCGCGUAGCCGAUAUCGUCGACCGGGCUGUCACCAUCACUCAGAAGCUCGACAAGGCUGCUCGUGCACACGCCGAGAGCAACAAGCGCAAGAACCCAGGCAGCCUCAAGGCGUUCCAUGAGUUCUUGGGAGAGGGCGAGGAGGUUUCUGAGAUCGUGCAGCUUAGACAGGAGGUCGAGGAUUGGGUGGGAACGUUCAGCCUGCCAUGGACCGAUAGCGAGUAA